CAGGCGGCUCUCGCGAGGCCAGCGGCGCCAUGGCUCCCACAUCGCUGCGGUAGCGGACGGUCGGGCGGCCGCGGGGGGGGGAAGAUGGCGGACGCCAAGCAGAAGCGCAACGAACAGCUGAAGCGCUGGCUGGGCUCCGAGACGGAGCAGGAGCCGCCCGUGUUGAAGAAGAAGCGGUCGAGGGUGAAGUUUGACGAUGGCGCCGUCUUCCUGGCCGCCUGCUCCAGCGGCGACGCGGCCGAGGUGACCAGGCUGCUGGAGCGGGGCUCCGACAUCAACUACGCCAAUGUGGAUGGGCUCACGGCCCUGCACCAGGCAUGUAUAGAUGAUAAUUUGGAUAUGGUGAAAUUCCUAGUGGAACACUCUGCAAAUAUUAACCAGCCAGAUAAUGAAGGUUGGAUACCACUACACGCAGCUGCCUCUUGUGGAUAUACCGAUAUAGCACUGUAUUUAAUUAGCCGUGGAGCAAAUGUAGCUGCAGUCAACAGUGAAGGAGAGACUCCAUUAGAUAUAGCUGAAGAGGAAGCCAUGGAAGAACUCUUGCAGGAAGAGAUUAGUAGGCAAGGUGUGGAUAUAGAGGCAGCUCGGAAAGAAGAAGAACGAAUAAUGCUCCGUGAUGCUAGGCAGUGGCUAAAUAGUGGGCAAAUAAAUGACAGCAGGCAUCCAAAAUCCGGGGGAACUGCUCUUCAUGUAGCUGCAGCUAAAGGCUACUCCGAAGUCUUGAAACUUCUCAUCCAAGCAGGUUAUGAUGUAAAUAUCAAGGAUUAUGAUGGCUGGACUCCCCUUCAUGCUGCGGCGCACUGGGGCAAAGAGGAAACCUGCCGAAUCCUCGUAGAAAGUUUCUGUGAUAUGGAGAUGAUCAACAAAGUGGGUCAGACAGCAUUUGAUGUGGCCGAUGAAGACGUUCUUGGAUACUUGGAAGAAUUGCAAAAGAAACAGAAUUUGCUCAUCAGUGAGAAGCAAGCAAACAAAUCUCCAUUGAUCGAAACAACUACAACAAUGGAAAAUAUUCAGCAAUUAAAACCCAUCAAAACUAAAGAAACCUUGCUGAAUGAGCCGAAGAUUACAGGUCCCACAGAACCUCUGGAACAGGAGAAGGCGGGUGAGGAAGAGGAGGGGAAGAAGGAUGACUCCAGUUGUUCCAGUGAGGAAGAGGAAGAGGAAGACUCUGAGUCAGAAGCAGAGACAGAAAAAUCCAAACCAACAGCAACUGUAAAUAUUGUGAACCGUGUGAAUAAUGGAGGUAUACAGACAAUAGCAGUGGCCCCAUCCAUUGUACCCACCAGUCAAGUUACACCAACAUCACCAGUGAAAAAGUAUGAAUCCAUUUCUCCCGUCUUGCCUGUGACGGAGCCAUUAGACCCGACAUCAUGGCGUCAGGGCUUGCGUAAAACUGGCAUUGUUCUUGUGCCUCAAAAGGGUGAAAAAGUUAUGUUUGCUACUCCGUUUAUCAAGUAUUCAAAAGAAGAAGACAAGAAAAGGAAAGAGGAGGAAGAAAAGAAAGAUGCCCCUCCAGCUUUGUGGCGGUCAGGGCUUCGGAAGACUGGAAGUUAUGGCGCGUUGGCUGAGAUCAGUGCCUCCAAAGAGACACAGAAGGAGAGGGACAUCACGGGGGUGAUGCGGUCUGCCUCAAGCCCUCGACUCACGUCCACCCUCGACAAUAAAGAGAAGGAGAAGGAUCAGAAAGGAACAAGGCUUGCAUAUGUUGCACCUACAGUCCCGUCUAGAAGAUUAGUCAGUAUGUCAGACAUCGACGAUAGAGAAAUCAGAGAUUCUGCAAGUAACUUUGUGCGCAGUGGUUCGUACACAAGGCGGCGUUGGGAAGAAGAUCCAAAGAGGAAAGAAAUUAACCACAGCCCCAUCACUGAAGGGCCUACGUCACAAAACGCUGCUGUCAUCAACGUAGUGCCUAGUUAUCAAAGAAGUAAUUCGUAUCUGCUAGCAAUAGGCAGAAGUAGCAGUACCAGACAUCUCCCAACCAGCUCCUCCUCAAACACCAGCUUGGAUUCUACUAAUUCUAAGUCUAGGCAACCAACUGCAAGUCAAUACUCAUCCUACAGCAUCUUCAGAAGUGGUUCUUUUGGUCGAAGAAAAGACGAUCAAAUCAGUACUGUUCAAAGUGCCAUUUCAACCAACACCACAACAACAGUUACCUCAUCAAACAGCCUGCAGUCUAUAUCCAGGAUAGCAGCAUCCACGUCAUCAGCCAGUACCUCAAAUCGUUUCUCGACGGGGGACAAUACUGAGAAAGACAAAGAAAAUGUUCCUUCAGCGGUUGCUACAACUGGCACCGUCUCCUCAACAGCGGAGAUCAGAGAGAGACGCAGCCUAUUGGUUCCUAUCAAGAUUAGGUCAUACUUGACUCCUGUCCGGGAUGAAGAGUCUGAAUCACAGAGGAAAGCCAGAUCGAGACAAGCAAGACAGUCCAGAAGGUCGACACAGGGCGUUACACUGACAGACCUACAAGAAGCCGAGAAAACAAUUGGGAGGAGUCGUGUGGACCGUCGCACUCGAGAGCAAGAAGAGAAAGAAAAGGAGGAGAAAGAAAAGCAAGACAGAGAAAAGCAAGAAGACAAGAAUCAAUCAGAAACUCGCGAGGAUGAGAGGCAAAGGUUUAAUCGCAGCAUUGUAGAGCCUUAUCAACGUGUCAGACCAACCUCCACGCUGCCCACAACUGCCACCGUCUCUGCCCUAAACAGUUCGUACAUAUCCUCCCAACUAAGUCGACCCAGCAGUCUUACAGGCAUUACAUCUGAUUAUUCAAGUUACUUCCGCACUUCUGGGGAGGCGGAUAUAGGUACAACGAGAAGGGGAGAUGAGAAGGAUGGUGAAGAGAAAUUGGACGAUAAGUCGCAAAAUAAACCAUCAGUCAGGGAGCGGCGGCGCCCGAGGGAGAAACGGAGAUCCACAGGUGUUUCUUACUGGACUCAGGAUAGUGAUGAGAAUGACCAAGAACAGCAGUCAGAUCCUGAAGAGGGAACAAAUAAGUGCCAGAAUGACAGACUUUCAAGGUAUGUCUCUGGAUUUUCUAGCACUGCAAAUAACGAGGGUUCUGACCUAUCGACAAGUCGAAAUGGUUCAUAUAAAGAAAAUAGACUUGCGCCCCAGAGCAGACUAGAAAAGGAAGAUGCAUUGGAUUAUAAAAAGCUUUAUGAACAAUUCCUAACAGAAAAUGAAAAGCUUAAGGCAAGUCUACACGAUACGAACCUCGAACUGACGGAGCUGAAGGUACAAUUGGACAAAACAACACAGAGGCAAGAAAGAAAAGCUGAUAGGUCACUGCUGGAGAUGGAGAAAAGGGAAAGAAGAUCUCUGGAGAGGAAGAUAGCUGAAAUGGAAGAAGAACUGAAGAACCCGCAUCACCUCAGUCAGAUUCAGACUCUGAGGCAGUUAAAUGAGCGGCUACUGACUGAGAAUAGGGCUCUGACCCGAGUGGUCAUCAAGCUUACUGAGUCCUAUAGGCAGUUGCAGGCUCUGGACCUGUAACUCCUUUUCUUUUCUUCAUUGCUACUGCCCUUCGCAGCCAGAUGCUACCAGACCUGAAAGCCGACAACCAGAGGCUAAAAGACGAAAAUGGAGCUUUGAUCAGAGUCAUCAGCAAACUUUCCAAGUAAACGGGAUUCUCGUUGCCAUUGUACGAUAGCUCCGAACUAUUGUUGUCAUUCAGCCAAGUGAAUCAAAAGGAGAUGGAACGCCCUGCAAGACUUCCAUCCUUCAGAAUACCCUCUUUACGGGCCUGUUUAAUGUCUAUAUAUGGAUAUCUAUAUUUAUAUAUACAUAUAAAUGUAUGGCCAUUUUAACAGAAACUGAAACUGCUGAAGAAGUGAAAUGCCGAAAACUUUGUUUACAGUAAAAUGAGGAAUGCAUUAGGAGGGCGGAAAGUGCCCUGAUACUAAACCAGAAAGCCUUACUUGUACAUAAAACACGUCUACAAACUGCCUUUGUUGUUGCAACAGAGACAGCUAAGAAUACAGCACGGUUUAACUGUGUCGCAGAAUUGUUGUCCUCCUCCUUUUGCACGCUUAAGAGUGUUUUAAAAUGUGCUAACCGCCCAUGUGCCAGUUUAAGUUGGGACAGUAUUCACAGAGCCAUCUGUAUUGAAAAUAAUGCACCCAAGUCCUACGUAAGAGGUAGCUGCAGAGUACUGAUUUGUCCCACCGUAUUGAUCAGAUAGAGUUGGUGAAACGUUUGCUUUCACUGUUUGUGCAAUAUGCAUUUCUUUAAGAUGCUUUAACAAGCCAGUUGAAGUAGAUCUAUUUUACAAAAGAUUAUCUUGGCCUUCAUCUGUCACAAUUUUUAAAUCUAGCAUAAAUUCUUGUGUAAUCUGUAGCUUUCACUUUCAUUUUAGCAGGUACUGAGUGCGCGUGUAUGUGUGUGUGUGUAUUAUAAAUAUAUAUAUACUGUUUUAAGUUUCAGUGCACCAUGUAUGCGUAAUGAUUACACAAAACAGAUUACUCUAAAGUGCAUCUUUUUAAAAAAAAUGAAAAUGAGGUUUUAAGGCUUAAAAAGUGCAUAUUCAUGAAAUUAUUUCUUGGAAAAGUGCGGUGUCUUGAGUGGUAUAUUUGAUGUGGGAUUUCAAUGUUCACAGAUGCAAAAAUAUUAGUGCAUCAAAAUUCAUGAGAGGUUUCUCACUCUGAUUUGCAUUCUGUGAGUCACACCAGGCCAUUUAAGCUCUUGCCAAAGGAAUAUCACUUUUUUUUUUUUUAAAACAAGUGUUUGGGAAACUAAAUGAUGGCGUUCACUAACUUUUUUUUUUUUAGUUUUGUAUCCAUGAUGGCUGACCGGAAGAGUUACAAAAAGUUGGAAAACCAUUGUGACAAAGUCCAGAAAUCAAAACGCACUUCCUAUAUUUGUGUGGCCUUUUAAAGAUGAUUUCAGUGAACUCUUACCAUUAGACCAAUAUUGUGCAUCCACCCCUAGUUUAUUUUGGUAAUAUAUAUUUAAACAUCAGUGCAACUUCACACGGCACAUUAUACGGCAAACAAAACCACUGAAGAGUUCAAAAUUGCUGAGUCAUUGUACAUUGUAAAACUUGCAGUAACUUGUAUUAUCAUUAAAUAUAUUGUAUUAAAUGUGAAUUUAUACCCCUUCAUAAAAACACCAUCGUUCUUGUGUUGCAUUGCUCAUCAUACUAUAUGGUGAACUGGUCAUUUGGCACCCAGUAUCUUUGAUGCGGUGAAGCAUCUUCUGAUUAGUUUAAUAUAGGUGUGGGAUCAGACUCUUGCUUCCGAUCUCAGGAGUUGGAUUUUGUAAAGAUACCAGGGGAAAACUAGCUUUUCAUGUUCAAGCAGUAUUGGGUGAGAUUAUUUGUCAUUGGUGUGUGACAGUUUGCUGUGAUUCGACACAAACAGAAAUCGUGAGAGUAGAGGGUUUACACUGGUCUGUCACAGAGCUCAGAGUGUAUGAUGAGCCGUGAAAUAGCGGAGUGUGGUCCUAAAAUGUGGGCGCAUGUUCACAGCUGCAAUAGGCGUUACUGAAAAAUUUUAGUGUUUUAUAUUUAGGUUAUUUAUAUUGGAGUCUAUGAUGUGACCAGUCUGUCAGUUUUAAUGGUAGUAUUGCGCAGACAAUGCACCCGCAUGAAGUUGAUUGCAAAAGCUACCGGCUAUUUUUUUGAAAAAUGUAUUUUGACAUAUACAAAUAAAAAUUAAAAUGUUAA